UCCAUCAGAGCUUCAUCUCUCACAGCAUCCAUCCACACAGGCAGGCUCUUCCUUUCUGCUUAUCCCAGGAAUAAAACCUUAGAGAUGGACGCUGAUGAGGCCAAAUCUCCCUCCAACACGAUUGUGCUGGAGUUCAAAGAAGACACCGCGCUGACAGAGAUGAUGCGCCUUCGCGUGUCCUCCCUGCAGCGGUCAGGGCAGAAGCGUCAGGACGGCGAGCGUCUGCUUCUGCCCUACGAGGCCGUGUAUCGGCUGGACUUUGCCAUCCAGGAGCUGAACUUCUCCCGCUGGUACUUCUCCCUCUCCGGCUACGGCCGCGUCACCAUCACCGGUAUCUGCCAGCACUGGACCCCCGACCUCACCAACCUGAUGACCCGGCAGCUGCUGGAGCCCAUUGGAACAUUUUGGCGUAAUGCCGGCGACCCCGAGGACUCGCAGCUCAAGUGCCUGGAGGCGGAUAUGCAGGAAUUCGGCGAAAGGAUUGCAGAGCUCGCCAAAGUCAGGAAGGUCAUGUACUUCCUGCUUGCUUUCAAGGACGGGGCCGAGGCGGCGAAUCUCAACUGCUCGAUCGAGUUCACGACAGAGAAAUGACUUUUAUUUAGUGCCAGUAGAAUCCUGAUAGAGUCCAGAAGAAGCCUUUAAAAUUUUCUAUUCUAUCAGCCAUUGUUUUACUGUUGAUUAGAAAAACCUGACAACUCUGUUUCAACCAAUCAGAGAUAGAUGAGCUUAAAUAUUCUCCCUCAAACUAGUUAAACAGUAACUCUCUUUCUAUCUUUGAGUGUAAGUAAGACGCCUGUUUGAUUUUUUUUUAACAACAAAAGUUACAUAAACACCAAAAACAGGCUUUAAAGCAAGUAUUUCAACACAAAAGCAACAUUUUUAGUGAAAAUAAAACCUGAAACGAACACAAUGACAAGAGAAAGAAAACAAGUGCUCUGAAUUAACACUUAAUAUGCUUUUAUAUAUGUUGGUGCUAAUUGAAGGGACAGUUCACCCCCAAUGGAUGCAGUCCGGUUUCUCUAUUUCACAGACAUAAGAUCCAUUUGUCAGUGUGUAAAAAACAACUACAUUAGAAAAUUAUAGAAGAUAUCAAGCAAGAUGAAGAGCCUGGUAUCAAAGUAUAGGUACAAAGAAAACUUUUCAUAUGUUUUAACUGGUUUGAAGCCCACGUGGUGAUAUGAGUUUCCAAACAUUCUCCAAUAAACAAUCAGAAACAUUCAGUGUAUCAAUGCUGGUUUCUGUUACAAUGUAUCACAUCUGAGAAGUUUUGCUAUUGAAACUAUGCUAAAUACAAUGUUACUGAUGCUCGCAGGUCUAUCUACUAGAUUAUUUAAUUAGGUUUCAUAUAAUAAAUAUUGACAGUUUUUAGAACCUCUAAAAUUUUCUGAAAUUAUUUACCUUUGAAUAAAAACACUAAAAAAAACAAAAACAACUUAUGAUCAGCCGACUGUUUUAACAACAUGUCGAUUACUUUUGUGACUGUUGACUUGCUGCAGUUGUUGUUUCGUUGUUUCUUAUUCCUUUCAUUGUUUCUAUAGAUAACCAAAUAUUUCCACUGCAUGCCUGCUGAUAGAAACAGAGAUCAAUGGUGUGACGCCAAUUAAAUAACCACUGAAAGUC